GUAGUUAAAUUAUAACUUCUCUCUUGAAUAUAAUUAUAGGAUUUUUCCAUCAGUAAUAGGGUGUUGGUGCACCGGUGUAAUCAUGUGGAUCUUUUCUGUGGGAAUUGUGGGUGUGUCUGGUGUGAGUACUAGGCUGAGAAAACAUUGACUCAUACACCACACACACCAAACAGUGCAGGGUGGACGAGUCCUGAUAUUCAAGCUGUGCAAAGUUCCAUGAACUGACAUUCAGAACGAGAUUGUAAAUAUGAUUUCAGAACAAUGGCUUCCUCAGGUAACAUGCUACCAGAGAAGCAGUUCCAGUGCACAAUCUGUCAGCAGGUGUUUGCAGACCCUGUCACCACUCCCUGCGGACACAACUUCUGCCUCUCCUGCCUCCAGAGUGUGUGGGGCAGCAGUGACGUCUGCCAGUGUCCCACCUGUAACAAAUCAUUCACGUCUCAGCCUGAAAUCAGCAUCAACACAGCUUUCAAAGAGCUCGCGGACACAUUCAGGAACAUCAUCGUCAGUUCGUCGGCUUCACCGCUGUCGGCAGCCAAAGCCGGCGAUGUGGUGUGUGAUGUCUGCGCCGCGACGUCCCUGCAAGUGAAGGCCUUGAAAUCCUGUCUGGGGUGCUUGACCUCGUACUGCCAGGCCCACCUGGAGCCCCACCAGAGAGUGGCCACGCUGAAGGUGCACAAGCUGAUCAAUCCGGUGAAGAACCUGCAGGAGAGGAUGUGUAAGAAGCACGACAGGCUGCUGGAGAUGUUCUGCAGGGACGAACAGAAGUGCGUGUGUCAGUUCUGCACAGAGACCCAGCACAAAGGUCACCAGGCCGUCACGAUAGAGCAGGAGAGCGAGGAGAGGAAGGUUCAGAUGAAGACGACAGAGGCAGGUUUCCAGCAGAUGAUCCAGGAACGACUGAGGAAAGUGGAGGAGAUCAAAAACUGUAUGAAGCUCAGUACGGUGAGCGGAGAGAAGGAGAUGAAGGAGAGCGACCGCCUCUUCUCGUCUCUGGUUCGCUCCGUCCAGGAGAGGCAAACUGAAGUGAACACGGAGAUCAGAGAGAAGCAGACGGCUGCAGAGAGGAGAGCGGAGGAGCUCACCAACGAGCUGCAGCAGGAAAUCAACGAACUGCAGAGGAGGAACGCCGAGCUGGAGGAGCUGGAGAACACCGACGACCACUUGCACCUCUUACAGAGGUUGCCCUCUCUCACGUCCCCUCCGCCCAGCAAAGAGUGGAAGGAGAUCGGCGUCUAUCCUGAGCUCUGUGUGGGGACGACGAGGAAGGCCCUGUCCAAACUGGGCGCCAGUCUACAGAAUGAACUGAACACUUUGAAGGGAGAAGAGAUGAAGAAGAUGCAGAAAUAUGCAGUUGAUGUGGUUUUGGACCCAGACUCUGCCCAUCCAAACAUCGUCCUGUCGGCUGAUGGAAAGCAGGCAGGCCGCGGAGAGCUGCUUUACAUUGUGCCUGAUAACCCCCAACGCUUCGACCCCGUCAUCUGCGUGGUGGCCAAGAGAGGCUUCCUAUCGGGGAGGAUGUACUUCCAGGUUGCAGUGGGAACAAAAACCUUCUGGGAUCUUGGCGUGGUCAAAGAGUCCGUCAACAGAAAAGGGAUGAUCACCUCCAAGCCGGAGAACGGGUACUGGACUGUGCGGCUGAGGAACGGGAAUGAGUAUCGCGCUCUGGACUCCCCUUCGGUCCUUAUCUCCCUCAAAGGGCAGCCACAGACCGUGGGAGUGUUUGUGGAUUACGAGGAGGGGAUCGUGUCAUUCUUCGAUGUGGACAGAAGGUUGCACAUGUACACCUUCACCGGGUGUUUGUUCUCAGAGAGGAUCUUCCCCUUCUUCAGCCCGGGGGUUUGUGAUGAAGGGAAGAAUAAGGCGCCUCUGAUCAUCACAGCUGUUAGUCAUUAGACGUAGACCGAGUCCUGUAAAGACCCAGAAAACUGGUCUGAAGUAUUGCUUUGUCUUUGUCUGAAUCCCUUCAGUAUAAACAUCAGCAGAUUGUAAUACCCCACAAAAUGACAGGUGUACCAUUUUUCCCUUUCAACACCUAGAUCCAGAACGGUCACCUCCUGCCCCCUGCUGUCACUGGGAUUAACUUUUCUUUGCUUAACGUGUUAAAAAUGUUUCCCUCA